AUGCUUCGUUUCAGGCAUCGCUCAGUUCCCGGUCUCACGGAACGCUUUGAAUUGUUCGUCAUGCACAAGGAGCUUGUCAACGCGUACACCGAAAUGAACGACCCGGUUAUGCAACGAAAGAUGUUCGAGCAACAAGCAAAGGACAAAGCCGCCGGUGAUGAAGAAGCUCGACCUGUUGACGAAACAUUCUGCACGGCUUUAGAGUACGGACUGCCUCCGGUGGCCGGAUUUGGCCUGGGAAUCGAACGUUUGGCCAUGUUUCUGACCGACAGCUGCAACAUUAAAGUAACUGUUUUUCUUUAAAA